AUGUUUAACGUUUCACCAAAAUUACGACGUCUUGAAUUUAAAAAGAAAAAUGAAAUUCCAAAACAAAGUGAAAUUAUAAAUUCAAUUGGCCCUUCACUUACAUCGAUUUUGUAUAAUUUUAGUCCGACUGAUGUAAAAAAAUUAUUGGGAGUCAUACCUCAACUUGACGGGCCGUCAACAGAUUUAUGGAUACCCCCGAGUGACAAAAAAGACGGGGAUAAAAUAAUUUUAAAACCCAUCGUAAAUCACGAUCUUAUCAAAGCUCUCACUCAUGAUGGGAUACUAAAAUUAGGAGAACAAGCCAAGAGAAAUUACGACGCAAAUGUGAAUAAAAAAAUUAAUGACAAUCUAAAGCGAGAAAUAAAAGAAAUCCGUUCAAUGUUUGAAGCUGAAAAACGUCAUGCUAUUAAUCUUCAUAUUAAUGAUACUAUAAAUUUAUAUGAAAGUAAGAUUGAUUUAUUAACUAAAGAGUAUGAAAGUAAACUGCAGAAAGAAAUAAGUAAAGUUGUAGAAAAUUCAAAUGAACGAUUACAAAAAGCUGUUGCGGCUGAACGUAUGAGUGUGACACAUCAGAUGCUAAAGAAAUUAAGAGAUGAAAUUGGUCAUAUGGUGAUUAAACUGUACGGAGAGUUUGAAAAAAAAUCUCAAGCUGACCGGGAAAAUAUUAUCGCUGAUUUUAAUAAAAAAAUUAGGAACGAACGUAAAGAAAAUGAUGAACGUUUGAAUUACUUUAAACGGCAGAGUGAACUUGAAACGAAUUUAAAAAAACUAGAAUUAGAAAAUAAAUAUUUCAAUAGACUUAUUAAUUCAAUUAAUAGAGAAAGAUCUCAAAGUGAAACUCGAAUGAGUUUUCAGCAGAAAAAUUUCCAAGAAAAAAUUACAGCGCUUUAUAAACUUUUACUGCAGACAUUAUACAUAAUUAAAUUUUUACAUAAAAAAUUGUCACAGCCGGCGAUAACUCAAAAUCGUGAAAUAACUUGGAGAGAUAAAUUGCAGGAAAUAAUAAAUAAGUUUAAAAAGAUUAUAAAUUUUGUAUUUAAUGCAAUUCCAGGACAUGCUGAAUUUCUCCUUUCUCUAGAGUCACUUUUGUCUUCGGAACAUGACGAGGAUAAAAGUGUUUGUGAAAAUGAGGAUACUAGUCAUAGUGUUUUAAAAAUAAUAAAAAAUUUCUCUGAAUCAUUAGAAAAUGAUGUUUUUCAUGUAGUAGAAAUAAUUGAUAAAAGUGGGAAAAAAUGGAGGCCUAUUAAAAUAAUGCAGACGUCUCAAGUCCAUGAAAAUAAACAACUUCUACCAAUAACUUUAUAUUGCGAAGUUACUGAUGAAGAUUGCUCUGAUAAUAAUUUUGUUAAACCAGACAAUGUAAUGGAUAGUAAUGAAGUAACUAAAGAUGUCAAAACUUUUGAAGAAUUAAUUGGAGAAAAUAGUUUCACUAUAAAACUAAUUGAUUCGGAUACGAAUUUGGAAAAUUCCAACGAAUCAACUGCGUCAGAUAAGAAAAGUUCUUUGGACACAGCUGAGGAAGUACUGCAACAUAAAAUAAAAAAUUCGGUGAGAAAGUCGAUAGAAAUAAUAACGAAAUUCAAAGAAAUUCCAUCACGUGGAGAUUCAUCAAAUUUUGACAAUGAAACUGAUGAAAUUUUACAAGAUUUAAGGAAAUAUUCACAAGAUUUUGAAAACUUUGGAAGCGAUUAAAUACAAAUUAAAAAAAAAAUUAUAAAUUCAAU